CGCUGAGUCGUAAAUAUUUCGCACUGAAAUUGUCAACCACCCUCAAAUUGAACACUGAAAGCCAGCCUCCUCCAAGCACGUCCCAGUGGACUCCAUCGGAUUCCGCUUGUUCCACAUCUGCGCUCUCUUCUUUCUCGGAUGGUUCCUCCAAUGGACCACCACUGGGCGCAUUGGAACUCCAAAUAUGUCUGUCAGCAUCGGUUUUGAACGAUCUCAGCGCUGUUCCAUCAGCCGCUUAUGUGAACAUCAAUAAUGUUAUGGCGUGGUUCUUUCCCGACCAUGUCGAACGUUUAGCAGCCGAUGAAAUUGAUGAGGAGUGUACAAUGAAGACGAAAGAGGAUUGUGACGGCUUCUUACGACUUCUAUCAAAAAGGCGGCCGGAAGUGAGCAAUUGGAAGUUGAAAACCGACUCGAUCGUACCCAUCUUACGACCCUAUCAAGUUGAUGCCGUACGUUUUAUGAUCUCACGUGAACUUCAUGCCCAACUCGAUUAUUCCAACGAGGAAUUUUUCCUUCGUAUACCUGCCGAUCCACCAUUCUACUAUUCUCGUUUCACUGGUACUGUCUUCGACGUCGACUGCCUACCCACUGAGCCGCCUUUUCAUGUGCCACCAGGUGGCAUCCUAGCCGACGAAAUGGGCCUUGGCAAAACUGUUGAACUGCUUGCACUGAUAAUGACACAUCAACGAAACGAUCCAGAAGCUCCACAGAUGGAUUCAAGGCCACAGCAAGAGCGCACCUGCGUGGAAUGCGUCCUUGAUGAGGUGGUCUCUGCAGUCGUUGCAGGCAUAGAUGGCGCCUUACCUUUACAGAAGUCAAGAACGGCGUGGAAGGCGAGG